UUUACUCGGAGACGUUUAAUUUUUGAUUUUUCGUUUUUGUUUUCAUCUCUCACAACACUCGCUCAGUCCAUCCUUUGCCCCUUCGUCCAAAUCGAAAACCCUAAAAUCUGUCCACCAGAAAGAACGGCCCUAAGCCCCUCGAAACUCUAGAUUUUUUCUUCCGAAUUUUUCGUGCACAAUUAGUACUUUCAUGUUUAUUCUUUUUGGUACUGUGAGAUUUUCUCGGGAAAUCUUUAUCCACCCAAGAAAGCGCAUGAGAAAUUCGAUUCUGUUUAGGAAAAGCUAGGUGGCGAUUUUGUUUUUGGGAAGAAUAUUUUCAAUGGAUCCUAUGCCCGUGAUAUUGGACAUAAGCUCGGACGAGGAGAUGGGUUUGAGCGAGCCCCAGGGCGGCGACGGCGACGGCGACGACUUCGAUUGGAUAUCGAAGCUCUUUGACGGCGCUGAUGAUAAAGAGCCUGGCAAUGAUUCCGAUGAUGUUGUGGUGCUGGGAGAGUCCAUCAACACCAACCGAAAGUCAAAGUCUUCCAAAUCGACCAUGGGGGAUACGGACGAUGAUUGUGUGAUUUUGGAGGGUGACCCGGACAAUCCGAUAGCGGUGGUGGACGAUGCGGUGGGAGGGUCCGAUGAAUUGAAUAUAGUUGGGGAGAAGGGGCAGAUUGCAUGCAGAGACUACCCUCAUCCACGUCAUCAUUGUGCCAAAUAUCCUUUUAGUUCUACACCCCAUGAAAGGCACUGUGAACAGUGCCAUUGUUACAUCUGUGAAUCUCUUGCGCCAUGUCUACAUUGGGUCACAGGCAUCUCUAAUGUUGAUCAUUGUCAUGCAACCGAUAAAGAGGAGAUCUGGAAGAUAAAGAGAAAAAGCUUCAAGCUGGGGGGAAGUGCUCCAUUACCAGGUAUCAAGUCUUCUGAUGCUUCGCUGCCUGCAGCGCUUGCCCAACUACAGGCUCAACUACUCGACAAUAUUCCAUUGGCACCCAACCCCAUGCCUCAAAAUCAGGUCUCUCGGCCAAAUAUAAUCCGUGCUUGCUCCAAAGUCGCCAGUUAUGCUGUGCCAAAUAUCAUAGGGCAAGGUAGAAGUCAACAACCAGCAUCUGUUUUGGUGAAAACUCGAACUCACCCUCGCUUGGUAUCACCACAUUUGCUUGGUGUGCGUAAUAGUGUCAUCCAAAGGGACCGAGCUAUGACCGUUGGCAAUGCGGGCCCAGGAUUUGUCCCUUCCCAUACAAUGUUUAAAAAGACAGGAGCUGUGAGGGGUGCCUUGCCAAUGCAUCCUUCUGUUUAUAGUUCAUCAGACAACGUUAAUCGUGUCCAUGCAGCACUCCAUACCAUAAAUGCUACACCAACGGCAGUGGCAAAUGACAGAAACCUUGUUAGGUGGCCAAAUGUUCAUCCUAGCUUAAACUUGGAGUCAUAUGGCCCUCAGGAUUUCUCUCAGCCCAACGUGGGCGGCUUUGUAACUCACAUUGUAUCUUCCCAACCACAAACAGAUAGUCAGUCCAUUGCUCAAUCAAAUGAUGGCAAAAAUUUUUGUCAGCAUGUGUAUCAAAGCCAAAAUGCUAGCCAAGGCAUUUAUCAAAAAGAGAAUCAGCCUCUAAACGCCAGCCAAAAUAUCUGGCAGCAUGGGAGUCAAAGUCUAGUUGCCACAGAUGCGGGUUUUUCAGAUUUUAGUUUUAGUUGGCCUAUCAAUUCUUGUCAAAGCAAUCAACAUCUUAUAAAUGAAGAUUCUCAAGUCCAUGGCGGAGGAUCUGUGUGUGAGCCAUAUCCUGUUGAGGAGUCUAAUUCCCAGUUUAUGGAAAGCACUUGCCGCGGUCGAAGCACUCAACGACCUGAGUAUUUUGGAAGUGCAAAUCUCAGUCAAAACAAUCAAGAACCUCCAGUUGACAGUUCUCGACUUGAAAAUACAGGGUCUCUAUGUGAGCCAUCUACUGUAAAGGAGGCUAAUUGCCAAUUUUCUGGAAACCUUAAUUCCAAUACAGUGGACUUUUCAUUUGAUGACUGGUUCAUGGAAAACCAGCCAGUUCCGGUGGUGUCAGGUGGUUCUGUGCCAUCUGAACUGAAUCUCUAUUCUCCUGAGACUUCCUCUAUCGACGCCGGUAGAAAUCGGAUUACUACAACAGUAUCCAGCAAUCUCUGUGUACUAAAUGGCCAGAACAUCUGGAGCAUCAAAUGUGGGUGGCAAUUUUCUGCUUUUAUGUGUAAAGGCAUGCCGUUCACCAGAAACGAGAUUGAAUGCUUGCAAAUGUGUGUAACUGCGUGGUGCAUAUCUUCUUCUUCUUCUUCUUCUUUGUUUUUUUGUUUUUUUGUUUUUGGGUAGUCAGAUUUUGAUUGGUGCAAGUCGAUGUUAACAAAUUGCUGGCAAUGUGGCUACUGGAGAUGAAGGCUAGGGAGCACGUCUGGGAAAUUUCCUUUCAGCCCAGCUUGAGAAAGGUGGGAGCAAAUCCGUAAUGUUUGCAAUAAUUGAGCUAAUUUGCCCAUUCAAGACAAUUGUUUUUUUUUAAGAAGUUCUUUGAAGGGAAGUCAU